GAACGAAUGAUUCAUCGAAAUGUGCUCGGGGAAAGUCGAACCGCAAAUGCGGAACAGGCCGGAAUCGAACAGAUUGAAGAGAACAGAGCAAGAAGCUGCAGAAUUAUGCCGCCAGGCAAUUGGUGACGGCUGGCGUGCGUGAUUCGGGUCUAUGCGAUGACAAAAGUUGCGAUAUUACCUUUUCGCAGCGGAGGCAAGAGUGCUGGGAUUGUGGUUUUUAUCAUCAUCGUUUGGGCAAGGUUGUGAAUGGAAACGCUGAUGACAGCCGAAUCUGUUGGCUGCUAUUGAUCAUUGCGCCAGAAGCUCGAGUGCAGGAGCGCGGCAUUUUCUUUACGCAGCAUCGGCUCUUCCAUGAUCGUCCAUGGCAUUUCAUAUCGCCUGCCCCUUCACCUGCCGCAAGAUUUGUUUCUGCACUCUUGGGACGCCGAUUUCGCUGCAAGCCUGGGAAGGAAAGCAAUCGUUUCUUCAACAUACAGUUGCUUUGGAAAAUCUGCUUGCCAACCCACAUGUCGUUUACGGAGGAGAAACUACUGUUGAAGUGCUUGUUCCACGCCUCUCUAAGGAGGCGAAGAAAAAGAAGCAAAAGACUGCGGGUGCGCAAGUAGACGGGGAGAACAUAGAAGACACCUCAUUGAACACCUCAAAGAGGGGGAUCGUCCGCAGGAAAGUUACAGUAUCAUCUAUAGCUAUUGCCGAAGCAGCUGCUAAAGCGGAUCAUGUAAAAAAGGCUACAGAUGCGGCCAAAGCGGGGGUGGCUUCUCAGCUUGCCGAGGCGGAGGCUCUAAUAAAAUCUCGUGCCAAGACUAAAAAAGGCGGGGCAGAGGGAAUAGGAGGAGUUUUGGGCGUGGUUAGAGAUGGAAAUAAUGAUUCUUUGAGUGCAGAUGAUUAUCUUCAGCCUCUCCUUCCGCAAGUUGUUUGCGGACUGUGCUCCUCUGUGGAGACCGUUGGCAGUGAAAGGGAGAAACGAAUGCUUCCUUGUCGCGGCUGUUCCAAACGGUAUCACAGAAAAUGUGUAAAGCAGUGGGCUGAACAUCGAGAUAUUUUCAACUGGGCCAAUUGGGUUUGUGGAUCAUGUCGAUCCUGCGAGGUUUGCAAGCGGACCGGUGAGCCCAAUAAACUGAUGUUCUGUAAAAGGUGUGAUGAAGCACUUCAUGUUUACUGUCAGCAACCGCCCCUAAAGCACGUGCCGAAGGGGCCCUAUCUAUGUCCUAAGCAUACUCGCUGCCAUAGUUGUGCUUCCAAUGUUCCCGGGAGUGGUGUCAGUUCAAGAUGGUUCAUGUCAUUCACUACAUGUGAUGCUUGUGGAAGACUCUUUAUGAAGGACAAAUACUGUCCCGUGUGCCUUAAGGUGUACAGAGACUCGGAAGCCACACCGAUGGUCUGUUGCGACAAUUGUGAGCAUUGGGUACACUGUCGUUGUGAUGGAAUCAGUGAUGAAAAGUUCAACCAGUUCCAAAUCGACGACAAUUUGAGAUAUAAAUGUGCUGCGUGUAGGGGUGACUGUCACAAGGUCAAAAACGUAGACGACGCAGUUGCAGUCUUAUGGAGGAGAAGGGACGAGAGUGAUGCGCAACAGAGAGCAGAGCUCCGUGCAGCUGCAAGUCUGCCUUCCGAAGAAGAGAUGUUAGAUCUAUGUCCAUCAUCUGAUGAUGAGAAGCAGCUUCCAGCAAGUAGUCAAGCAGUCCUUGGGGUGAAGAAGACAGGGAAUAUGAAGAAGAAGAGUGCGAGAAAGGACUCUAAAGAUAACGUUGCUUCUGGAAGUGCAAGUGAUAAGCAAGAGGAUAAGAUGCGGAAAAAAUCAAGUACACAAAAGACCAUACUUAAGAUAUUGUCUCCGAACCCGAAUUCAGCUGGCGAGAUAUCCAGAAAGCCCAAAUUAAUUAUUAGAGCUUCCAAGUCUAUGAGAAACAAACCUACCAGAGAGUCUGCAGAUGAUAGUUCUGAGCAAGCAGAAUAUAUCGAUGAAAGCGAUUUAAACGAAACGCUAAAGGUUCCUGAUGAUACAUCAGUGAAGGAACUUACAGCAAAGAAGCUGAUAGAUGUAAGUCAGCAGCCAGACCGAGAAAGAAGGAAUGAGAAGAAAAGAACGGGCUUUUCCACGCCCGUAGCGAUCGGUUCAGUCGGCACGGACAUUGACACAAGGACACCAAAGAGUAAGAAGGUGACAGUGCUCGACAACGAGGGAUCUCAAGAGGCCGGCUUCAAAACCGAAACUUGGACCAGCAGUUCAGGAAGAUCAAAGAACAGGAAAGCGGGCCCAAGGGGUGGCGCUAAGCAUCCAGGAGUGAUCCUGGAUAGCAGCACUGGUAUCGCAACAGACACGGCGGAUGUGUCCACUAGUUCAGCUGAUGUAGAGCAGCUGAAGGAGGAAGGAGCUACCACCGAAGAUUCUGAUGGAAGGGACGUAACGAACGAUGAUUCUGCUAUGGUGGAUAGGACACCUCGAGGCUUAUUUCCACUCCAUUCUUGGGGUGGUCAUGGGCACUCCGAAAGUGCUCGGAGGCGCCGAAUGCCAAGUUCAAAGUUCAGGGAUAUGGAAGUUAGUGCAUGGCGCCCCUCUAGGGGAAAUUCCACUGGCCUAAAAGUUGAUGGCGACGUUUUAUCGGGAGCGGAAUUACCACAGCGGAAGGAUGCUGUAGGAGGAUCUCGACAAGGAUUGACAGAGCUUCGUAAAGAUAGCCGAGUCAAGUUUAAUGUGUCUCAACAACACGAGAGUGCCGGUAUCUUGGCCGCAGCAGAAGAUGAUUUAUCUGGAGUUCCAAGAAAGAAGAUGAAAGUUGUAGACAUAGGGGGACGUGGAAGGCAAGAAGAUGCAGUUGAAGGAUCAAAGCCGAAGGUUCCUUUGAGACUCAAAAUCAGAAGCAAACCGGGUGGUAAGAAUGAGAUAGAUGGUACUGCAAGGGAUGGGCAAAAUCACGAGGAAGAAGAAACGAGUACAGUGAAAGGGCAUCGCUCAAAGAGGAGACGUCCAGGUGCUCUAGAGCCUGGAGAAAAAGAUGAUAUAGGCUUAGCAAAUGACAAUAGAAUAUUGCAGAGACUUGGAGCAGAUGCUGUUUCCAAGAGAGUGGAGGUUUUCUGGCCCAUGGACAAUCAGUGGUACAAGGGUACCGUUAUUGAAGUAUUUCCGCAACAAGCUCAAUUUGCUCUUAGGUAUGACGACGGUGAAGAAGAGACACUUGAUUUCGGUAAGGAGAGAGUUCGGCUUCUGUCUUCUCGAGAGUAGUGUUUGAUAAACUGUUUUUGUCAACUGAGAAUUAGUAAGCUACGAUCAGAACAAUGUCAGCCUGGCCUUUCCAGUGCAUAUUUGUUUGUAUAAUUAUUUGUUACAAAGAUUGAGCAACUCAAUGUAAACAUCUUACAUUUCGAGAAGCAAGGGUGGAUCAUCUCUACCUUUGAAAUUUGUUCUGUUCUCGAUACCGUGAAGAGAAUUCUCAGGCAAUACAGGACAGUCAUGGUUUUCGUCGUGAUUGGAGGGUUUCUGCGUGAAGUGUUUGCUCUGGAAACAGUUUUUCUCCUGCAAUUUUGUAAUCUAAUAGUAGUUGCAUGAUAUUAUGAUCCAGAUAGGUAAAAAGUUCUUUUUGUCUUCUGUCUGUCCUAGAUUCUAUGAAACUAUUCUGUCUCUAGUUUCUCAGCACAGUAGUAACUACGUCUGCAUGGCUUGCUGGCCCAAAGACUUGAAAUAACUGUACAACUGGACAUUAGUCUUUACAUGUCUUACGAGUACUGGAAUAGGCGUCAAAGCAAAUUUAUGGCGUAGGUUUUUUGGGGUCGAUUAUGAGCGAAGUUUGUGAGUUACAGAAGAUUAU